AUGUUCUCCAUGGAUAAUUUCGAUUUGGAAUCAACAAUGGCCCGCCAUUUCUUCGAAGGCUCUCAGGCCACCAAUGGCUCUUCUUCCUCCAGCUCGGAGUUUUUCUUUGGCGAUGACAAUAGCUCUGAUACGGAUGAUGAUGAUGCCUACAGCAGUGGCUUUAACAGUGACCAAGAGAACAAUGAAAAGACACGUUCACAUAAACGCCGCCUGAAAUGUGCCUCACAGGUGGCACAACAGCGCCAGGCCGCCAAUUUACGAGAACGUCGCCGCAUGCAGAGUAUUAAUGAGGCAUUUGAGGGUCUGCGCUCGCAUAUACCGACGCUGCCCUAUGAGAAGCGUUUGAGUAAAGUGGAUACUUUGAAGCUGGCCAUUAGCUAUAUAACGUUUCUAAGUGAAAUGGUGAAGAAGGAUAAGAAUGGCAAUGAGCCGGGCUUAAGUUUGAAGCGAAAUUAUCAGAAAGAGCCGCCAAAGAAGAUUAUUUUGAAGGAUAGAACUGGUGGCAUUUCACAUUCCUUGUCUUGGUAUCGCCGAGGUGAUCGUUAUCCGGGUAGCAAACUAUAUGCACGUACCUGGACUCCUGAAGAUCCUAGAUCUCAUCACAGUCAUCAUUCGCAUCAUCAGCAGCAGCAGCAGCAACAUGCUCCUCUAAGCCAGCAGCAGGCCUCCACACAAUUACCGCUUACACGCUGCUACAAUUCUAAUAAUUCCAAUCAUUCCUCCGAUUCCGCCAUAGACAACUCUUCAGCUAAUGAUACGUCUGCCACAACGGCAGCAUCUACCACCCAGACAUGUCAUGAUCUCUUCAAUGAAAUGCAUCAGCAAAAUGCUUUAUAAAUUAGGGGGGCAAACAUCCUGGAUGUUUAAAUUAUGUGUGCAAUUAUUAGCAGGGCUAUGAGAAAAU